AUGUCUUUCAAUCCAACCUUUGCAUCUCUCCCAGCUUCAGUGACUCUCCUUGACGACUCGAAUACAACUGCAAUCUCCUAUACUGCUCCAUUUGCUACUACAUCUAAUAACACUUGCCACGGCGGGACCUGCACCUCGUUUCAAGACGUCAAUGGCGCCCUCCAAUUCCGCUUCACUGGCACAAAUGUCUGGGUGUUUGGAAAGACGGGAGGUCUUGUACGCGUCUUUGUCGAUGAUCAGUUUGUAAAGACGCUCGACGCGACCGCCGUCAACUAUUCUUCGUUCCCCAAUGACCCGCUAGAACGGCCUGCGCUUUGGGUGUCUGACAGCCUGGGUGCAGGAGCUCACACGAUCAAACUCGCUGGUGUACCAGGCAAAGACCUCAAUCUCCUCAUCGAUUUUUUCGCUCUAAACGGCACCGUAAUUGCCCCCUCCAAUUCCGCAUACAAUCCCACUCCUGCUGAAACUCGCAAACUCACUGGUAUCAUCGUCGGAACACUAUUUGCAUUUUUCGCUGUCGUCGGUCUCCUUGGCUUUCUCUGCUUCUUCAUCUCUCGUCGACGCAAACAGAGAGCUCUAAAUCACAACAAGCAACCCUCGGAGAAGGGACGAGUUUCCUCUGCGUAUACCGCCGAUUCUCAGAACACUACGACGACAAAGAGGAAAAGCAGAUGGAGCUUUUUCAAUCUCGGCUUGAGCAAGUUUCUUCAAAGAAAGCGAAACACAUUCCCGUUGAUCACCAUUGUCCGCCAACGCGAACAGCCUUCUUCGCCUGCAUAUUACGAUGCCGCGCAUCCUUAUUCGACUCCAAACUCGACGUUGAAGAUGGGAGUACAUGCACAGGAUACUAUUUAUCCUGCUCAACAGCCUUAUUCGAUCGAUCAGGCCCUUUUACAACCAGAAGCCAUGUCACCACCUGCUACAUCCACUACCUCUGGUGACGAGGACCCAUUCCGCACGCAUCGCUACGUCGUCUCUGGCCCACAAGUACCCGCACCCGUGUCCUCACCAAGGGCUAAUGGUGCAUUUGUUGGAGGAUUUAGUACGCAACCACGACCGAAAGCACCGUAUGAACCGCCCGUCAGCGCCAGUUCUGGUUCGGUCUACUCGGUGCCAGCUUUUGGUGAACCCCCGGGUGCUUUACGGGCAGAGCAGAACCAUCGGUAUCCCCCUCUCAACGUCCAGGAGGAUGUGGUAAAUAUGCAAGGGCGAAGAGGGUCAGAUGAGAUGGACGAGGCGACGCCGUUGGUCGAAAAGCCCCCAGUGUAUCCUCACUCUCAGUCGAGGGAUGACAGGGGGAGGACGUUGCCGGUAGUUUCAAGCGAUGAGAAAUCUGCUUCGGGUGCAGGCGCUAUGAACCGCACGACCAGUGCAAGGAGGAGAGCGGUCGAGAGCGAAGAGGGAGGGUAUGCGACGUAUGGUGUCUCUUCAUUCUCGCCUGCAACCCCAACGCCAGCGUACACUUCCUGGUCGCACGGUACAUCAAGCCCCAUGCCACUUACCGGCCGUACGACUUUUACACCUGCGCUUGCUCUGCCAGCGACAGUACCACAUGACGAAACGAAUAAUCCAGGCUUGCGCACGCAUCCACAGUCCUCUAAUGUUCAGUCAAUCCCUGUUGUAGCCAUUUCAGCACCCCUCGAGUCGUCAAAGACCGCCUACACAAAACACCUACCGUCGCAAGAGGACACAACCAGACCACCGAGUUUCAACGCCAUUCAUCAUGACAUGCGCGAUACACAAGAGAUAUCGAGUGUCGAGAGGCCUCGGAUAUCGUUUCCUCAACCACCUCCCCCACCUGGUCCGACUAUGCAGUCAUUCCGUGUUCCCUCUCCAUCCUCUUCCCAUUUACGAGAAUUUCCAGUGUCUCCAGUCUCGCCGGCCCUCUCGACGUCCUCUGGACAUGUCGGCUCUGUGCGUGGUCCACGUCCCAGCCGCACGUCGACACUCGUCGUAAAUGAGGACAAGGGCAAUGUUUCCUCUGCAGUACCGUCGCGUGGAAAUCAGGAGAGUGGUCGCCAGGUGGUGGAAACUGCUCGAGGGAAGCACGGCGGAAGCCGAGGUAGAGGAGGAAGUGAUCCAGAGUCACCACUUGAUCCGGCUGUCGUCUUUGUAUGGCGGUAG